AUGAAGAAGAAUUGGAAAAAGACUUGUAGUAUGGAUUGUACUGAGGAAAAGAAUAUUGCUAUAAAGGUUAACCUUUAUCACUACAACUUUUCCAUCAAUGUCACUGAUAUUUCUACUUUGAGGGCAUUAAAAUAUAUCAGUAUACCACACAUAUCAAAGGAUUCUCAAAUAUUCUUUUGGAUGGGUAUUGAAAAGAAGAAGAAUGGAAUGAAGCAUUUAACACAUUCAAUAAAAAUAUGUAAUAUUUGUAAUACAUUUCAAAUAUAUAUGAUCAUAUCUGAUUAG